UCGGAAGCCAAAAAAGUUGACUGUCUGACAUAUUCAACCUAGAUAGAUUAUAUAAAUUUUGGACAAACACGUCUAAGUAGUCCUUUAUAAAUGCUCAUAUGAAUUAGAAGCCUUUCUAAUAGGAUUUCCAGAGCUGUAUUGAAUUUCAUUACAUUAUUAGACUGAAAAGAUGGAAAUGGGAUCUUCAACACUGCUUUUCCUUUUAGCUCUUAGCCUUGUUUUCAACUUCAGUACCGCCCAGAACUCUAAUAAAUUGACGACUUCAAGUUGUUCAAACGGUAGAGGAAACUUCACCGCCGGCAGCACCUACGAGGCGAACCUCAACAACCUCCUCUCUUCAUUCUCCUCAAUCACUGCAAAUGAUUAUGGUUUCUACAAUCUGUCCGUCGGCCAAGAUCCCGAUACGGCUAACACGAUUGCGCUCUGUCGAGGAGAUGUGCAGCCUGAUGUUUGCCUUAGUUGUAUCAAUAACGCCACAAGUGAGAUCACGAGUGAAUGUCCCAAUAGGAAGGAAGCAGCCAUUUGGUAUGACUUUUGUAUGUUGCGUUAUUCUAAUCGUUCCAUCGUUGGUGUCAUGGACAGUAGCCUUGUUACGGGCCUGCUGAAUCCUUCUAAUGUUACGGAUGCGGACAGUUUCCGUGGAGCCUUGAACAAUUUGUUGGUCGACCUGAUGAAUAAGGCCUCAUCGGGUGAUUCUCUUCGCAAGUUUGCUACAGGGAAUGUAAUAGAUCCCGCGUUGCAACCAAUAUAUGCGCUGGAGCAGUGCACCCCUGAUUUAUCCCAGGAAGAUUGCACCACUUGCUUGGAGAGAGCUUUGCAGGAAAUCCCUGUAUGUUGUGGCGGAAAACGAGGAGGCCAAGUGAUUUUGACUAGCUGUUUUGUGAGGUUUGAGAUGGAACGUUUCUACGAUGAACCAGCAGUUUCGCCUCCCCCCGGCGAUAGUAACACAUCUCGAAUUAUAAUCGCUGUAGUUGUUCCAACAGCCAGUGUUGUGAUAAUUAUCAUCUGUAUCUACUUCGUUUUAAGAGCUAGGAAGACCAAGGAAACUGUUGAAACUUUGGACGAAGAAAUUAUCAACCCAGAGUCUUUACAAUUUGAUUUUGGCACCAUUAGAACUGCAACAAAUAACUUUAGUGAUGAAAAUAAGCUUGGGCAAGGUGGCUUUGGGUCUGUUUACAAGGGUAGGCUUUCCUUUGGACAAGACAUAGCUGUAAAAAGGUUAUCCAGGGAAUCUAAGCAAGGAGACUUAGAAUUCAAGAAUGAAGUCCUGUUGGUAGCCAAACUUCAGCACCGGAACUUAGUCAGGCUGCUCGGUUUUAGCCUCGAAACAACUGAAAGACUCCUUGUCUAUGAGUUUGUACCUAAUGCGAGCCUCGACCGGUUCAUAUUCGAUCCAAAAAGGAGGGAACAAUUGAAUUGGGAACAACGAUACAAAAUCAUAGGAGGAAUUGCUCGAGGACUCCUUUAUCUUCACGAAGAUUCUCGGCUUCGAAUUAUUCAUCGCGAUCUCAAAGCUAGUAAUGUUUUGCUAGACGCAGAUAUGAAUCCAAAAAUCGCAGAUUUCGGCAUGGCAAGAUUGUUUACUAUGGAUGAAACACAAGGCAAUACAAGUAGAAUUGUGGGAACCUACGGUUAUAUGGCUCCAGAAUAUGCAAUGCAUGGACAAUUCUCAGUCAAAUCCGAUGUAUUUAGCUUCGGAGUAUUGAUUCUGGAAAUUGUGACUGGUCGAAGAAACAAUUGUUUCAAAGAUAGAGAUAACAUAGAAGAUCUGUUAAGCUAUUCGUGGAAAAACUGGAGAGAAGGGACAACGGUGAAUCUCAUAGAUCCAGCUUUGAAGGUUUCUUCGUCAUCUGAAAUAACGAGAUGCAUACACAUUGGGUUACUUUGUGUUCAAGAAAACGUGGCGGACAGACCAACCAUGGCAUCGGUUGUCAUCAUGUUGAAUAGCAGCUCGCUGACACUUGCGAUGCCUUCAGAACCGGCAUUUUUCAUGCAUAGCUCCACUCAAUCAGAUCUCUCAUCCUCCUCGACAUAUAGUUCAAGGGUUACCGUUUCCAUUACUAGUCAUUCCAAUGACGAAGUUUUCCCCUUGGCCAAAAAUAGAGAGCCUUAUCUCCAGUAAAUGCUUUCAGUUUAUUUCAAUUGUUUACGAUUUUGUUCUGUUGUUUGACUUGUAUGCAUUAAUGAACAUGUUUCUUUAUCCUUAAAUAGAAACCCUUUUUAUAUGUUGGCUUGUCUUGGACAGUUUAAAGUUGAAUCAUAAU